AUGCCUUCGCGGCACCCCAAACGCUCCGGGGAGUCGUCAACCUCCGUCCAGCAGCAGCUACCGUUCACUGGGGAAGCCGUGGACGACGCCGAGUUCAGCGGAGAGGGGCCCGCGGCGAGCGAUGCUCUAAACAUUGCUUCCCCCUCCUCGGCAUCUUCAACUGCCCUGUCGACAUCGUACACGCAGAGGACCCCGGCGAGGUCGUUCUUCCAUCAUGCGAGUUACUCGUCUGCAGACACGCCCCAGUACUCCUCGCAUGGAGUACGUGAAAGAACACAAGCUCUGGCUGCGUAUGCACUAGAUUCCGACAGUUUCGUUGGCGGUCAAAACCGUCCCCGAAGCUACACCAGCUCCUCCACCGGCAGUGGCAUGCGCUCCACCCAUCACCGCGACACCGAGCCAAGCGAAGGGAGGGACAGCAUGGACACCACCCUCUCCCACGCAAUUGAGGAAGACCCGGAGCUCGAGUCCCCAUUGACGGUCAUUGGGACUAAUCAGAGGGAGCCGAGUCCAUUCACACCACAAUCGCCACAGCCUGGUUUCUUCGACGAGGAGGCACAAGAGCAUCGCCAUGUUAGUAGCAAUGGGAACAACCCGAAUUCGCGGAUCAGAGUACCGCCACUGCGCUCUGUACCCUCGGUGGUGAUUGACGACUCGGAGGCCCAAGAUAAUAGCGAAACAACCCCGUUACUGCCCAAAGCAAGACUGUCUCGGACAGACCCUCAUCAGAAGGGUGCAUCUAUCUCCACGGGGGAAAGCUAUGCAACCGCUCCAAAACAUGAGAGGCUCUUCACCCAAGUGGUGUCCGCUGGACGCCAGAACGUGAUAAACGCUUUCCGUGAGGUAGCAAACCCCAAGAACUACACCAAGAAGGCAGUGACCGCGAGCAUUAUUGGAGGCCUCAAUAUGCUUUCUGCGGUAUUUCUGGGGUUGUUGCUAAAUGUCUUAGAUGGGCUGUCGUAUGGUAUGAUCUUGUUUCCUCUAGGCGAGGAGAUCUUCAAGGGUACCGAAGCAGAUGGCAUCUCUAUCUUCUUCGUCAGCUGCAUAGUUUCACAGCUGUGUUACUCUCUCGGAUUGUCAAUAUUCAAGGGUGGAGUGGGAUCUGAGAUGAUUGAAGUUGUACCAUUCUUUCACAAAAUGGCAUAUUCUAUUAUUAACAGAAUGAAAGGCGAAAGCCCUCAGGCGAUCAUGGCUACCGUGAUCACAGCCUACAGCUUGAGUUCUAUCGUCACUGGCCUAAUCUUUUUAGCACUGGGUUGUUUCAAGCUCGGGAACCUGGUCAGCUUCUUUCCUCGAAACAUCCUCAUUGGUUGCAUUGGCGGUGUCGGGUUCUUCCUCGCCGUAACUGGCGUAGAAGUGUCCGCACGUCUUGGGACCAGUGUCAACUAUGAUCUGGCUACCCUCAAGAAGCUAUUCCAAGGCGAUACCUUCCCUCUCUGGAUCACUCCACUCGCUCUGGCUAUCCUAGUACUGGUACUCCGACGACGAUUUAAGAGUCCUUUCGUUCUGCCCGGCUUCUUCAUAGCCAUUACUGCAGUCUUUUACAUCAUAGUUGCGUCUGCGCGAAUCAACCUAGACAACGCCCGAAGCUCAGGAUGGGUCUUUGCUAAACCUCCGUCUGGAGUACCCUUCUACCACUUCUAUUCGUACUUCAAUUUCCGUUUAGUGGAUUUCCCCGCUCUAGCAAGCACUAUCCCUGCCAUGUUCGCGCUGUCAUUCUUUGGCAUCAUUCAUGUUCCGAUCAAUGUUCCUGCCCUCGGUGUCGCUGUCAAGGAGGACAACGUUAGUGUGAACCGGGAGUUGAUUGCCCAUGGUAUAUCGAACACAUUGUCCGGAUGCAUCGGAAGUAUUCAGAAUUAUUUGGUCUACGCAAAUAGCAUUCUGUUCAUUGAGAACGGUGGCGACAGUCGAGGCGCCGGCCUGACAUUGGCUGCUGCAACCACUGCAGUCUGGAUGGCUGGGCCAGCAAUGAUCGGCUUCAUCCCGGUCUGCAUCGUCGGUGCCUUGAUAUUCAUGCUUGGCAUUGAGCUGCUCGAAGAGGCUGUAUGGGACACCUAUGGAAAGCUUCAUCGGCUCGAAUAUCUCACUAUCAUCGCUAUUGUCCUCAUCAUGGGCGUCUACGACUUCGUUGUCGGAAUUGUGGUUGGAAUCGUGUUGGCCUGCCUCAGCUAUGUUGUGCAAAGCUCUCGAACCCCAGCAAUCCGCGCCUCAUACAGUGGCGAGGUAGCCGAGUCGACCGUCCGACGACCGCGAACGGAUCGACGAUACUUGAACCAAGUCUGUCGCCAAAUACGUGUUGAGAAGCUCUCUGGUAUGCUCUUCUUUGGUACCAUUGUCGCUGUUGAAAAGCACCUGCGCGCAUUAAUAGAAGACGAAGCUUUCAAGAUGCGCCCAGUCAGCUUCAUCAUUGUCGACUUCAACCAUGUGACGGGACUGGAUUUCUCCGCGGCCGAAGGAUUCCAACGAAUCAACCGAAUCCUCUGUCGCAAGCACGUCAAGAUGGUGCUCUCGGGUGUCUCUUUCGCCAGCGACGUUGGCAAGUCGCUCGACAACGUGGGCCUACUUAGUCUGGAGAAGGCCGACGCGGAUUGCCCGCCGCCAGAAGUAUUCGAGGAUUUGAAUAUGGCGUUGGAAGCGUGCGAGAACCAUCUUCUCACCGCCUUCUACAAACACCGCAACAGGAUCGGCCGCAAGGGGACGCCUCCCAUGUCAAUCUACCAGAUCCCCAACCACCGCGCCGUCCCCCAGCACAUUCUCAAGAACACCCUAGCUGCGGAAUCCUACAACUCCAAUGCCACCUCCAUCGACCCGGCCUUCCAGUCCCCUCGUCGCGAAGCGCAAAUCCAUGCUGCCGACACGACCCUCCGAGAAAAUGGCGACACCAUGAUCAACGAGAACGAUACGAUGAUCCCCUCGAAGUGGAAGCAUUUCGCGCAGCCAAUCAAGAUCAUGCUGCAGACGUUCGAGGACGUCAGCGACAAGAACGAGGACUUCUGGCACCGCGCCGCGCCGUUCUUUCAGCAGCGUAGCUAUGCAGCGGGCGUGGUGCUGUACUCGCGAGGCGACGACCCGGAUGGCUUCUACAUCCUCGAGCAAGGCCGCCUGCGCGCCGAGUACGACCUCGAGCAGGGCAACUUCUACGAGGUCAUCCUGCCGGGGACUACAUGCGGCGAGCUACCGUUCUUCAGCGAGACAGAUCGGACGGGGACGGUGGCGGCGGAGAACGAUUCCGUGGCGUGGUUGCUGACACGGGAGAAGUUUAAUGAGCUGGAGAGCAAGGAGCCGCAGGUUGCGAAUGAGCUGCUUAAGAUGAGCUUGAAGCUGACGAAGGAGAGGAUGGAUGCGAUUACCUCGUGA